AUGGAAAAUUCAUCAGUCUCAAAACGUGAAAUUGCUCUGAUACCACAUGGGUGGAUUGAGGAGGAUAAAUUGGACCAGUUCAAUCUCCCCUGUUAUGCACCUGCUGUUGAAGAAGUUAAGCAGAUGAUUAGAGCAAAAGGGUCUUUUAGCAUCCGAAAAUUUGAGAUAUUUACAGUGGAUUGGGCUCCAAGUGCAAAUAUAGAAGAUGGUAAAAAAGAUGCAAAUGCGAAUAUAGAUGGUAAGAAAGAGAAGAUUGAUAAACAAAAAAGAGGCAGCAGGUAUGUUGCAAUGAGCAUAAGAGUAGUUGCAGAAUCCGUCUUUAACACUCACUUUGGGGAGGAGGUGAUUGAUGAUUUGUUCGAGAGGUUUGCCAAGAAGAUAAGAGGAGCACUUGGAGGUGGAGUGGACAAAGGAGAAUAUACAAAUAUGGUCAUUUCCUUUACUAAGACAAUGCAAUAA